AUGCUCAAAAAUUGUGAAGUGCACCCGACGACGUUAUCUGAAGAGUACCCGUUCCCGGAUAUUCGGAAGACGUCGAACUUUGUAUUCUGGAAUCGAACGAGACUCUACAUUAUGGUUUUGACAUUGGCAUGUCUUACAUUCAUCCAGAUGAACACGUUGACAUUCAAUUUUACUGUUAUUUGUAUGGAGGAUAUUGUGGAGGAUCAUCAUAGACUCACUAAUUAUACAGACACCCACUGGUUCGAGCGAAACACGGAAAAGUCUUUGCUUUUCUCGGGCGCCGCGAUCGGAGGUCUCAUCGGACUCAUCCCGUCAGUCCCACUCAUCAGCUCCCUCGGUCUCCGUAACGUACAAACCAUCUCUGGCCUCAUCUCAGCCGCCGGCGCAAUCCUCUUCCCCCUCGCCGUCACCAUCGGAUUCUCCGCAUCUCUUAUCUGUCGCGUCCUCCAAGGCGUCGGCUCCGCCAUCAUGUUCACCACAGUCGGCGUGGUGCCAGGUGUGUGGGCGCCGAGUCGAGAAGCCAACACGUUUAUGGCGAUACUGUCGUGUGCACUACAACUGAGUAAUAUCAUUUGUAUGCCUGUGUCCGGGUUACUUUGUGAGUCGGUGCUCGGAUGGAGAUCCAUUUAUUAUCUGUUUGGAGCACUCACUCUUGUGGUUUAUGGAUUGUUUUGGUUCACUUAUACAGAUGAUCCAAAGUUGCAUAGAAACGUCUCGCAAAAAGAACUCGGCAAAAUCUCUACCGGAAAAAUCGAGAAAAUCAAAGAAUCUGUACCCUACCUGGCCGUCUGCACAGAUCCUACCGUAAUCAUCACAUGGGUGUCUUGUUUUGGCGGGAAUAUGGGAUUCUUCGUCUUAUCACUAUACGGACCGACUUAUCUCAGAGAGAUUCUAAAAUUCGACGUCAGGGAGACUGGAUUUCUGUCGGCGCUUCCAUUCAUACUAUCGGCUAUAAUCAAGUUCGCAGCGGGGCAGGUUUCCGAUAAGCUCACGUUUUUGUCGGAGAAGGCCCGUUUUGUCUUCUUCGCCGCAACCUCUCAAAUCGGAUUCGCCGCCGGGUUAGUCGUGAUGGCAUUCACCUCAAGCCGCCUCGUUGCUCAAAUCGCAUUCAACUUCGCUAUUGUAUCCUCCGGUUUGAAUAUUAUGGGAGUCAUCAAGUGCAUUCAGUUGCGCUGCCUGCAACACGUGCACUUUGCCAUAGCAGUCAUCUCAUUUACAGCGUAUGUUGUACAGUUUUUAGCGCCGAUUAUUGUUAGUAUUAUCUGUCCGGAUAACACUCCUGAGCAGUGGACAAUCCUGUUUCUGUUUAUCACUGGAAUCAUCAUUGUCUGUAACGCUGGAUUUCCAUUUAUUACGAAGUCGGAAGCAGCGGAUUACACGAAGCCGAGGAAUGUGAAAGUUGAAAACGUGCUCUAA